AUGAACGAGGUAAUGGAAGAGGAAGGCGUUAUCUUCACCGCCGCCGCCGCCGCGCUGGAAGUGUUCGGGCUCGGGAUAGGGCUGUCGAACGGCGGCGGCGGCUGCUUUCGGCAUAGGCGCUAUCAUCGGGUACGCCGGAGAACAUCUAGGGAGCCUGCCCGGACCGCAUCCUCGACGACAUCGGCGACGCUUUCCGCAUAG